AUGCAUUAUCUACUAGCCCUACCACUUAUCACAGCCCUGGCAGUCACCAACGCAGCGGCAGCUACCAGAUAUGACUAUAUCAUCGUCGGCGGCGGCACAGCGGGCCUAACGGUCGCCAACCGCCUGUCGGAAGAUCCAGCCGUCUCCGUCCUCGUCAUCGAACCCGGACAAAUCGAGCUCAACAACCCUAAUGUGACGAUUAUAACGCGUCUGGCUUAUACGUACGAUAGCCCGCUAGACUGGGCAUACCAGACUACCGAGCAGAAAUUCGGCAACCGCUGCCAGAUGAUGCGUACUGGAAGGGCGCUGGGAGGCACAAGUGUGAUAAAUGGUGCCGCUUAUAUAUGCACAGAGCACGCUCAGAUCGACGCACUCCAAGCCCUUGGAAACACUAAUUGGACAUGGGAUAAUCUAUUCCCAUACUACCUCAAGAGCAAAAAGGUCCGACCCCCAAAUAGAAUGCAGAGUGCUGCCGGUGCAUCUAUCAUCCCGAAGUACCACAGGAAGAACGGGCGCGUACAGGUCGGCUUCAUGAACAUUACACCACAUGAUGAUGAUGAUAAAGGGUUUAAUCUGAACACAGCUCUCAACCGCACGCUUGAUUCUCUUGGGACAAGCUGGAACAGGGACCUAAACACUGGAUCAAUAAGAGGAAACGCAAUGCAUCCGUAUACAGUGGAUGCCCAAGGUGUGCGCAACGAUGCAGCAAAGGCUUAUUAUGAAGGGGCAAAGAGAGGCAAUCUACAUGUCAUGCUGAACGUAGACUUAUCUUCCUGCCGAGGGGUUGAGAUCAACGAGGGACUUGUAAGCCGAGUGGUUCAGGCUAGACGAGAGGUGGUUCUGGCCGCUGGCGCAAUGCGAUCAGCCGGGAAUCUGGAGCUCUCAGGAAUUGGCAAUCCACAGAUUCUCCAGAAGCAUGGCAUUCCUAUACAAAUAGACCUCCCCAGCGUUGGGGAGAACCUGCAGGAUCAACUCAACACCUCCUUUGUUGUGUCUACCAAGUUACCGAUCAUCGGCACACGAACUGUAGCCUUCGUGUCUGCCUCUGAUCUUUUUGGUUCCUCUACCGAGUCCAUCUCGGCCUCUCUCCUCGCCUCGAUCCCACAAUACGCGGAGGUGACAGCGAACCAGACCAGCGGAGCCAUGACCAAGGAAGCUCUGCAGUUACUCUUCACAAGUCAGCAUGAUCUGUUUUUCAACCGGGGGAUCCCGUUCGGGGAGUUUGUGUUCAUUCUCGAUAACCCACAUCAGAUCCAUGUCGGAUACUGGGGCCUUCUCCCGUUCUCUCGCGGCAAUGUCCACAUUUCUUCCUCAAAUGUGGCGUGUUCUCCAACGUUGAAUUUGAAUUACGGAUUGCUCAAUUGGGAUAUUCAGGGCCAGAUCGCAAUGUCUAAGUUUCUUCGCAGAGUCUUCCAGACUGAGGAGCUUGAACAUUUAGACCCUCCAAACUAUCAUGCUGUUGGGAGUACAACGAUGCUGCCGAGGGAGAUGGGCGGGGUACUGGACAGCCGAUUCAAUGUUUACGGCACUCGAAACGUUCGCGUCCUGGAUUCUUCCAUCCUACCCGUCCAGCUUUGCGGGCAUCCCACGGCCAACAUCUACGCGAUCGUGGAGUGGGCUGCAGAUAUGAUCAAGGAAGAUCGACUCUUUUCUGACAUGGGAAGAACCGUGGUGUAG